GGUCACUAAAUAAUCCUGUGACGGACCCGUUCGGAACACCGCCCCGUGCUGCCGCUCGGUUCGCCGGUGCUCUGCGCCUUUAAGAGCCUCGUGUUGAUCCAGGAAGAGCGGAGGGUGUUUCCAGCUGAUCCACGGCAGGAGGACCGGAGCCCCUCAGCAGCCCGACCUGCCGCUCUCUGCUCGGACACCACAGGUCCGGACCUCCGGCGGCUGUGCAGCUUCUUAUCCGGGAUAAGUCGCGUCAGAACCGGGGAACCCUCGGAGCUCCUCCGCCGCUGUUAGCUGCCAGCUAGCUGCCGUGAACCGGGUCCUCGGUAGCCGUUAGCCGGACUGUCAUGAUCCCAGCCCGGAGAUGGCGUCCUUCCCCGGUUUGUGUAAGGCUGUCGGGCCCGCGGAGGAGGAGAACGGAGAGCCGGACGGAUCCCUGCAGCAGAUGCUGAAGGCCAUCGCCGACGAGAGGAACCGACUGAACACCCGGCAGGAGAUCAGCGGGCUGGGCUGUUUUAAAGAUGAUCGCAUCGUGUUCUGGACCUGGAUGUUCUCCACCUAUUUCAUGGAGAAGUGGGCCCAGCGGCAGGACGACAUGUUGUUCUACGUCCGCAGGAAGCCGGCCUACGUCAGCGCCGACAACACUGAAGGCAAGAAGGUGGAGGUGGAGGUCUACAGGAGAGACUCUAAGAAGUUACCGGGCCUUGGAGACCCGGACAUUGACUGGGAGGAGAGCGUCUACCUGAACCUGAUCCUGCAGAAGCUGGACUACGUGGUGACGUGCGCUGUCUGCACGCGCUCAGAUGCAGGAGACAUCCACAUCCACAAGAAGAAGUGUCAGGAAGUGUUCGCGUCUCCCAGUAAACACGCCAUGGACAGCAAAGGGGAGGAGUCAAAGAUGAGCUACCCCAACAUCUUCUUCAUGAUUGACAACUUUGAGGAGGUGUUCAGUGACAUGACAGUGGGAGAAGGUGAGAUGGUUUGUGUAGAGCUGGUGGCCAGUGACAAGAGCAACACCUUCCAGGGCGUCAUCUUCCAGGGCUCCAUCCGCUACGAGGCGCUGAAGAAGGUCUACGAUAACCGGGUUAGCGUGGCGGCUAAGAUGGCCCAGCGGAUGUCUUUUGGCUUCUAUAAAUACAACAACAUGGAGUUCGUGCGGAUGAAGGGCCCCCAGGGGAAGGGCCAUGCUGAGAUGGCCGUCAGCAGGGUGCCCACCGGGGACACGUCGCCCUGCGGCACCGAGGAGGACCAGGUGUCCCCGAUGCAUGAGAGGGUGACGUCCUUCAGCACUCCUCCUACUCCAGAGAGGAACCGGCCAGCCUUCUUCUCUCCGUCUCUGAGGAGGAAGAUGCCCAGAAACAGAAUCGCUGAGAUGAAGAAGUCUCACUCUGCUAACGACAGCGAGGAGUUCUUCAGGGAGGAGGAGGAUGAAGAUCUCCACUCCACCACCAACCUUCGUUCUCGUUCUCUGUCGGGAACCGGACGUUCUCUGGUCGGCUCCUGGCUCAAACUGAACCGAGCUGAAGACUACUUCCUGCUCUAUUCCCACCUGACCUACGUCACGCUGCCGCUGCACCGCAUCACCACAGACAUCCUGGAGGUCCGGCAGAAGCCCAUCCUGAUGACAUAGCAGAAUGGCGGUUCCUCAGAGCAUCACUCCAAGUGCCUCCUCUUCAGGCUGAGGCAGCAGCGCCCCCCGCUGUCCGACACCUGUUUCGCCCGGAGACGCUGGCGGAGGCCCGGAAACUAACCAGCCAAUCAGGAAGUGCCUCCUCUUCUCCACGGAAACGGGCCGGCGUCAGGAUCACAUGACCUCAGUGUGAACAGGCAUUGGCUGAACUCUGACAGGAAGUAGAGGGAAGUGAAGAAUGUGUGUAAAUACUUGCUGCUUUACCACUGAGACGCCUUGAAGGUUCUGGACUUUAUUUCUAGAGAACCGAGGAGUCGAGUCCGUCUUUAGAACACCCAGUUUAUUACUAACGGCCUGUAAAACUGCUGCUUCCUUCAAACACACCUUAAUCUCACUGCUUUUACUUUGAAAUGGUUCAGAUCCUCAGCUGCACUUCCUAAAACUACAUUAUAAAGACUUUUAAUUUGAAAGGGUUCAGAUCCUCAGCUCCACUUCCUAAAACUGCAUCUGAGAUUAAAGUUCUGCAACAGGAAGGAAAUGAUUCUGAAGGAAAAAUUCAGAAUAUUAAGAGAAUAAUAGCAGAUUUUUACAGUAAAAGAGUUCAGCUUCAGUAACUUUAUUCUGGCACAAAUAUUGAGUUUAAAAAGGGAAAAACCGUAAAAGUACAAUUUAAUCUUUUUAAAAUGCAUUUGAGAUUAAAGUUCUGCGAAAGAAUAAAGGGAUUUAGAGAAAGAAUUCAGAAUAUUAGAGAAUAAAACGAUGGAUUAAUGAGAAACGUUUCAGAGUUUCUUCAGUAAAGUAUGUGAAUUCUGUGGAAAGAAUCCAAAUAUGAUGAAAAGUUUCUGGAAAAAUUGAAUCAAAUGAAAUCUAAAUUAAUUUAACCUUCAAACAUUUUGGAUCAAAGUUGAACACAUGAAGAGAAUUUAUCUGAAAACAAACUUUCUGAAACUGAACCGUGUUUGGAGGUGAAUUAAUUCAGAUUCUUAUUGAUUAUUGAUUCAUCUGUAGGUGACAUUUCUGAAAGAAGGAAAACAAAGUGAGCACAAGUUAAACCUCCAGAACAAACUGCCGACUUUAAUGAAACUUCUGUUGUGAUUUCUACAGCUGAACCCAGAAACCGAUCAACUGAUCAAUGGGAUUAUUGAUGAUUAUUGAUGAGCUGCUGGAUCUUUUAGUUUCACUUUAGUUUAGAUUCCGACUCUGAACAAACAGAACAAAAAACACGACGUCACAGAAACCAGCGACUUCCUCCUGCUUUAGUUCCACCAGAAGAUCGAGAGCAGAAGAUCCAGAGCAGCUUCAGGUUAGGGUUCGUUUAGUUCUUCUGCUUUAGUUCUUCUGAGACCAGCUGAAGAACCUGAAGCUGCAGAAGAUCUAAAGGACAGAACUCUGGUUGGUUCUUGGAGCUCCUGAAGCCUUAAACCUGAACCUGUGUGUUCUCCAUGUUCUUCUGAUCUUGUUUGACAUGUUGCUGUCCACCACGCCGGGGCUUCAGACUGGACACAAACACAAAACAUCUUCUAAAAGGAUCAAUCAGAUCGAUUGGAACUGAUCGGCUCUGAAGGGUUUGGUGUUUGUGUUUUCAGGUUUCAAGGAUUGAUUGAUUGACGUGGACUCUGCUGUUAUUGAUCGGAUAUUAUCGGUGAUUGAUUUGCACUCAGACGAAGCCAUCAUGGAUCAAAUGUUCUUCUGUCGUAUUGAUCUCCAGCGGACCCUCAGUGUUAUUGAUGACGUAGUUGAUAGAGCCUCCAGCUGAAUGUAAACACGCUGAUCAAUACCUGAUACGAGAAACGCUUUAGACCUUCUGAAGGUUCCACUUUCUGUUUGGUGUCCGUUCUUCACCGUGCAUGAUGUUCUUCUGUUGCUUCUGUACCUCUUUAUUUAUUGAAUACACAUUAGCAGAAACA